AUGCACAGUUCGCAUCUUGGAAUCGUCAAAUGCAAGUCACGAGCAAGGGAAACGUUAUUCUGGCCAGGCAUGUCUUCUGAAGUGGAAGAUAUAGUCUCGAAAUGUUCCAUCUGUGCACAGCACUCGAACCGGAAUCCCAAAGAACCGCUGGUUGAAACAGAAAUUCCUACUAGGCCAUGGUCAAUUGUGUCAGCAGACCUUUUUGAGUAUAAGGGACAAAACUACCUCUUAUCCGUUGACCAUUACUCGAAAUGGCCAGAACUGGCGAAACUCGACAACAUGAGCAGUAACAAUACUAUUCAGUAUUUGAAGAGUCAGUGUUCCAGAUAUGGAAUUAUGGACAAAUUAAUUACAGACAAUGGACCGCGAUUCGCAAGCUCGGAAUUCAACGAAUUCGCAAAACAGUAUGGGUUCCAACAUGAAACCUCGAGCCCCCAUUUCCCACAAUCUAACGGUCAAGCCGAACGCUGCGUACAAACAGUGAGGAAUCUACUUCGCAAAGCUAAUGAUCCAUACAAAGCCUUGUUGGAUUACCGAAACACAGCUAUUGAGGAAAUUAAACUUUCUCCCACGCAAAUGUUUCUUGGCAGACGUUUAAAGACUGAUUUGCAAACCACCGCACCCCUUCUAACUCGGGAUGUCACAUGCUCAAACUACCUUAAAACGCGCAUGAGGGCAAGACAAGUAAAACAGAAGUUUUACUAUGACAGACAUAGUGGUCCAUCUCUUAAACCACUUGAUCAAGGUGACAAUGUCAUUAUGCAGAAAGCAAAGGAAAACCAAUGGAUUCCAGCUACAAUUUCGCAACAACAUCACAACCCAAGAUCGUACAUCGUCAAAACAAACGACGGAAGGAAAUACAGGAGAAACCGCAAACACCUUCGUCCUACAAAUGCGGAAUUUCCCAUUGAUUUGGAUCACGACGAUGAGCCGUUCAUUCCGACAACCGAAAUACAACCACGAGAAACGUUUAUAACGGCUGAUCAACAACAAAACGCAAGUUAA